GGACAAGUUCCGGCGCGGCUGCAGGAUGCCUCAAAGCGUGGCAGUUUUUAUAUCGAGAGAGCAUUCGGCGACCACUUUCCAAGCACUUACACUAUCAAGAGCUUUUCAGCUGUACAUUGCUUCUAUAGGCAGAGAUAUACUUCUUUUUCGAUAAAAGUACAAAAUAAUUUCUUCAAAUGGCUGUCAACCACGGUCAUGUGCAUCCACCGGCGCAGCAGAGUGAUGGUUAUGUCAAAAUUGCAUCCUUACAACCACAGAUGAAUUCUAUCAACACUUUUGGGAUUGUUUUGGAAAAUCAUCCUGUUCGACGGCUGGCAAAUGGUGGCUUAGUCGUAAGCAUGCGUAUCGCCGACCCUUCAGGAUCUAUCAUUUUCAGUAUCAUGAAUGCUGAGAUACAGGAUCUCUUCGAACCGGGCGAUAUAGUAAAGAUCAAAAAUGGAUUCACUAACAUAUACAGAGGAAUGCUGAAUUUGUCCUGCGGAAGGCAAGGCGAGUUUAUGAAAUCUGGCGACUUCAUGCUGGUUUACUCUGAGACGCCUAACAUGAGUGAGUUCAACAGCGAGUAUGCAGCCUUGGAACGAGCUCGAAAACCGUCGCCACCUCCAGAGGGAGAGAAUUCAAGUCAGUCCAACAAUGUAGCUGCCGAUCCGCGCCGUACACAAGGAGUUCGAGCAGGAGCUCCCUCUCACAAGCGGCCACCCCCUGCGCAUCAGUCAGGUCCUCCUCACAAACGGGUGGAUCAGGGAGGACACUAUCGCGGAAGACCAUGACAAUGCUAAAAGAGGAAGGAGAGAAAAGAGAAGGGAUGUUGUUCAGAAUUUAUUUCUGUACUUGAUUGUGCGAAAGCAAUUUAGUGGCUGUGACAGUAUACUUGGUUUUUCUGUAGGUGCGUAUUUCAGCAUAUGUGGACGGGUCCUAUUAAUCAUCAG